AUGGUGAUCUCAUGGAUCCUCAAUUCCCUCGCUAAGGAGAUUUCUGAUAGUGUGGAAUAUGUAAAUGACUCGGUUGAGCUGUGGAGGGAAUUAGAAAAUCAUUAUGACCAAACAGAUGGAGCAAAGUUGUAUCAGAUUCAAAAGGAGAUUAAUGACCUUGCACAGGGUUCCAUAGACAUUACUAUGUACUAUACACGAAUGAAAAGACUAUGGGAGGAACUAAGCACUUUGAGUAUCAAGUCUCAGUGCAGCUGCAACUGCACAUGCGGGGCAAAGGAAACCAUGCACAAGGCAGAGCAAGAUCCAUGGCUUAUCCAAUUUUUGAUGGGACUAAAUGAGGUCUACACAAUAGUGCGAGGAAGCAUUCUUAUGAUGAAGCCUCUGCCUUCUAUGGCUCAGGCCUUUUCUCUGUUGAUACAAGAAGAGAAACAAAGGGAAUUCAAGACCAAUAGUCAGCUGAAUCUAGAUUCCACUUCACUACAUGUUAAUGCAAGUCCACAACAUCAAAACCCAUAUGGAGCCAGGAACUUCAAGACACAUUAUACAACCAACAACAAUAAUAAGAGUCGCCAAUUCUAUGAUUAUUGUAAAAGACCAAGACAUACGAGGGAAAAGUGCUACAAGUUACAUGGAUACCCUCAAGGCAGUUCUUACAACAAUUAG